AUGGAUUACCAUGUGCUUAUGAGUUGGCAAAUUUGCAGAUAUCUGAUAAUAGAUGUAGUGGCUGAUGGAAAUUGUGAGUUUCGUGCAACUGCAGCAUUGUUAGGUUGGACUGAAGAAUCUUGGCCUUUAGUUCGAACACAAUUGGAUAAAGAGAUUCGUCUACAUCAAGACCUUUAUGCCAAUGUGUUCGAUGACAGUGUUGAAUCAAUGCGAAACUCAUUGAAAAUAUCAGGACUGAGUGCUCAAGGACAAGAUAAGUGGAUGUGUUUACCAGACUUGGGUUACGUGAUAGCAACACUAUCUAAUGUCAUAUUGGUGUCGUUGUCUCAUAAUCUGAAUAUGACAUUAUUUCCGCUAAACAAAGCACCGCCGUCAAAAGAAUGUUUACUAGCAAUUGGAUUCGUCAAUGAAAAUCAUUGGGUACAGGUUUAA